AUGGAAGAAUUCGAACAUUUAAAUAUAAAUGGAGAUAGAAAUCAAUACAGGAAUAAUAAUAGUGUCGAUAUAAUAACAAUAUUAUUAUUUGGCAAUUCAGGAAGUGGAAAAUCAACAUUAGCUAAUGUAAUCAGUAAUUCUAAAGAUUAUGACGCAAGUCAUUCUUCAAUUAGCUCGACCAAAUAUGUUCAUACUCGUAAUUAUGCAAUUGAUGGGAAAGUAUACAAAAUAAUUGAUACAGUAGGAAUUAGAGAUACUGGAAUGACACUAAGGGAUAUGAUGUCUAAAUUAGUCUUCGCUGCCGAAACUGCUAAAUGUGGAGUAAACCAAGUCUUAUUUGUUACAAAUGGAAAUUUUAGUAAUAAAGAAAUUGAAACUUUGGAGUUAUUACAAUCAAUUGCUUUUGAUAAAAGUAUUUUUAAAUAUACAACUAUUGUUAGGACGAAUUUCCAUAAUUUUGAAGAUGAUGUUGAGUGUGAAAAAAACUAUCAAGACAUGAUUUCUGAAGAUGAUAAAAUUUCUCUAUUUGUUAAAUCAUGCAAAAAUGUUAUUCAUAUAGAUAACCCACCAAUAACACAUCGCACUAGACAAGUUGCAGGAGAGAUACGAGAAGAAUCAAGAAGAAAAAUAUUAAGUUACUUGCAUACUUGCACAGAAAUUUAUAUGCCAAAAAACCUACAGGAAAUUAUUGAUGCAAAGAUAAAAAAUUAUAUGACAGAAAAAGAAAAAUUACUGAAAGAAAUAAGUGAUUUGAAACGACAAAUGAAUGAGGAGAAGAAAUCAGAAAAUGGUUGUAUUAUUUUAUAA